GUGGGAGAGCGAGGGUGUGCUGCGCAGGCUAGUGGAACCAAGCCGUUGAUCGUAUUCUCGUCCUUAAAAGAGAGAGAAAAAAAUCCCCAUCCAUAAUUACAACAGGGAAAAUCAAUCAGUGUCCUAAUUGUGAAAGUGUUGCGUGCGGUGUCCUUCCCAGUGGAUUUUAGCCGGCGUCGCGACAGGGGGAGCGAGAGCCAAACGCGCCAUCUUGAAGGAGUCCUCGAGGAAAAGGGAGAAGACGAGUGUGACGUCGCCGUGAUUCCGCCGGCCCAGCCCCCCGCCCGCGCCGCCCGCCCGCGCCCUCCGCCGCCGCCCCCCGCCGCCCCCGCGAUGGCCGCGAGGCGAGGCGGCCGGGCGUGACUCGCAGGCCGCGCCGGCGAUGCCCUUCGCGGCGGCCCGCGCGCGCUGAGCGCCCCCGCGCCAUGGCCGUCAUCAUGCGCGCGCUCACCUACAGCUGGAUCGGGCUGUCGGCGGCGGCGCCCCUCGUGUUCCUGGUGUGCGCGUGGGCGCUGGGCGUGUUCCACUCCUACCGCCGCCACUGGCGCUCCGUCGACCUGUUCCUGCUGGCGGUGUUCGUGCAGGAGCUCCUGAUGGCGCUGCAGGUGUUCGCCUUCGCGCUGCUCAGCCUGAUGCAGCCCGAGUCGGGCGCCGCGUGCGGGGCCUUCGUGUGGAGCCUGAGCGCCACGCGCGCGCUGCAGGCGGCCACGCUGGCGUCGCUGCUGGUGGACCGCGCGCUCACGUGCCAGUGGCCCUACAAGUACCGCUUCUCCGUGCGCCGCCACCAGAUCCGCUACCACCUGGCGGUGCUUGCCACCGUGGCGGCGCUGGUGGGCGUGGCGGCGCUGCUGGCGCGCCCCGCCGACGCCGCCGCCGCCUUCGAGCACUGCAGCUUCCUGCCGCACGCGCUGCACGUGCGCCUCGCGCUCUUCGUGCUCAGCGUGUACGGCGUGCUGGCGCUGGCGGGCGGCGUGAGCGCGGGCGUCGUGCAGGCGGGGCGCGGCUGCUCCGUGCCCGCGCGCGCCCACUCCGACCUGGCGCCCAUCGCCACCGCCACCGCCUCCUCCACCGCCUCCAGCGCCGCGCGCGCGCCCGCCGCUUCCUCCGCCUCCACCGCCUCCUCUACGGCGUCCUCGGCGCCCGCUGGCGCCCUGCGCGCCGCGUCCUCCGCGUCCGACCUGGUGCCGCCGCCGCCGCCGCAUCGGCCGCCGCCCGCGCUGCCGCUGCGCAGCCACAAGGGCGCGGGCGCCUCGCGGGGGAGCGGCCCGCCGCGCUCACCCGCCUCCGACUUCCGGUGGGGCACCACGCUGGCCGUGGCCGGCCUCUGCUUCCUCGUCAACCACCUGCCCUUCAUGGGCCUGACGGUGGUGGGGACGUUCCUGCCGUCGUACCUGCCGGAGUGGCCGGUGGACAACCUGUCGCUGUGGCUGUCGCUGGCGGAGGGCCUCCUGCUGCCGCUGGUGCUGGGCCUCGUCGACGCCACCUUCAGCGAGGCGGCGGGGGCGUCGUGCUCCCGGGAGAAGCCGCAGCCGCAUAAGUACGACGACGGCGACGGGCCCUUCCGCCUGUUCCCGAAGGACGAGGUGAAGUCCUUCCCCCUGACCAACGGCUCCCUCUUCUCGUCUCUCCUGAACAUGAGCGUCGACAACCCCGCCCAGAUCCUGCCGUCCUACAGGAGAGGGGGCGGAGCUGGCAUGAAGAUGGGCGUGUCCUCUCAGGAGAUCCGGGGCCUGGUGGCCGCCGGACCCCCGCCGCGAGUAAGGGACCCCUACGGACCCCCCUUCUACCCCAGGGAAGCCACGGAGUCCCUGGGGUCCGCCGCGACCAGCAGUCAGGACCCCAUCUACUCCGACCCCCUCACCAAGGUGGGCAGCGUGGGCAGCUCCCUGAAGGAGGACCACAUCUACGCGACGCUGUCGGAGACGUUCGGGUCCCUGUCGUCGCUGAGCGAGGGCUUCCUGGGCGACGACCAGCGCUGCUCGUCCGUCACCACGGUGGCCAACGACGACUUCGAGUUCCACGACCCGCGCGCCGCCACGCCGCCCGCGCCCGCCCAUUUGCCCGCCCGCGGCCUCGCCAGCGCCUGCAACCUCGCGCUGGCGGGCCGCCCCCCCGCGCAGCUGCCGCCCGAGGCCCUCCGCGACGAGGCCGACGACGCCUACGGCCUGUCGUCCGGCAGCGCCUCGUCCGCGUCACUGUCGGCGGCGUCGUCGUCCUUCCGCUCCGCCAGCUCGCAGGUCACGGCCACCGUCGACAGCAGCGACCGCGGCGAGCGCCUCGACCUCGCCAAGGCGGACGACCGCCGCCACAGCGACCCCGACGACGACGACGACGACGACGACGACGACGACGAGGACGACGGGCGGCGCGACCGCGGCGAGGGCGGCUUCUAUAACACGGGCUACGAGUGCGACACGCUGGAGAAGAAGCGCAAGGCGCUGUUCGCGGAGCCGCUGGGGCUGCGCGCGCGCGAGGGCGACGGGCGCGACGACGGCACGCUGUCGCGCAAGCACCGGUCGUCGUCGCUGUCCAUGAACGACCUGGACCGCCUGGACGACAAGGAGGAGGAGAUGAUGUUCAUCCUGCCCGUCAAGAGCGAGUCCAUGCUAAGCCUGUACCGCCUCUACCUGGCGGAGGACGAGGCGGAGGGCGCCAGCCUGCACUACUCCGUCGAGAUCUCGCGCUCUGAGGGCGACCUGUCGCUGGCGGCGGGCGUGGGCGUGGGCGUGGGCGAGGGCAAGAGCGAGGGCGCGCUGCACGAGGUAUACCAGAAGCGGCGCGCGCCCGAGGCGGGCGGCAGCCGCGUCAAGCUGCAGCACAAGAUCCAGCGCGCCAAGGGCAUGCAGCAGCGCGCCCGCCGCCCGCCCGCGCCGCCCCUGGCCGUGAGCAGCAGCGCGGGCGUGGGCGCCGGCAUGCAGGUGGCUAUCAUGGACAAGGCGCGGCGCAGGAACGGCAUCAUCACCAUCCAGGACCCGUCGGGGCUGUCGGUGGAGGAGCUGUUCCGCGUGCUGGACCGCGCCUCCGCCAAGAAGGCCGUGCCCUACGCCGCCGACCCCGCCGCGCCGCCGCCGCCGCCGCCGCCGCAGCCAGACUUCAAGAAGAUCUUCGUCAGCGAGUAUCUGUAACGUAGGGCAGCCCGGCCUUCGUCAGCGCUCCGGAGGGAGGCCCUGGUGGGCGCGUCCCUCCACCUCGUGCCGCCCGCUCCUAAACAGAGUGCCGUGAAUAUAUUGUGCUGAGGGAGGGACUGUGUUAAUGGGAGCGAAGAGUGAAGGGAGGGAACCUCCUGUAGUGAGCGGAGGGUCGAUUGGCUUGAGCAAAAGACAAUGAUUUAACUGAAUAUUCUAUAUCGGCCGAAGGAGUGUAGUGACUGCAGUUGAAAUCCUCCUCCCGAGUGCGUAAACAGACAAUAUAGCAAUUGAAGAAAAGGCGAAACAUAGAAAUAAUUACUGACGAGGUUGCAGGUCGCUGCGGGCUUUGGGAAACGUGUCUUUUGAGUCUGAAGUUUAUGUUUCUUCCUGAACUUGCGUCGCCGCGGAGAGUGCCUUGUGAAAGUGACAGGAAUUCCGACAAGGGACGGAAACAGAUUGACAAGUACAAACAAGCUAAAAAGAGAGAAACAAACAAACAAAAAAAAACUACAAAAACACAAACGAUCCAGUCACAUGCCGAGGAAAUGGACGAGACAUUUUUUCCUUCAAAAAGCUCAAAAUCACUUGGAUCAAAAUCGUAUAUAUAUGCAUAUAUAAUUAAUUAUUGAAAGGGGUCUAUCCCAGUGCCUUAUAAGGAACGAUUUAAUGGUGUAUAUAUGAGUAUGAAUAUUGUAAAUUUAGUCUCCUCAUAAAAAGAAAUAUUAAGUUUUCAGAGUUUUUUUCAAUUUCUAUUUUUUUUUCUUUAUAAAUAAAGGUGUUUAUCCCGCCGAUAUGGGGUUUCUACGAGUUUGUAAAUACAGAAUAUAUGUCUGGCUCCCGAAAACCAUUUUUGCGAGUAUGGUUAGCUCACCCCUAGUC